CGGCGCAGGGACCGAGAUGCGCCGCCUGCGGUUCCGGCAGUUCCGGUACCAGGAGGCGGCGGGGCCGCGGGACGUUUGGCGGCGGCUGCGGGAGCUGUCGCAGGGCUGGUUACGGCCGGAGGUGCGGAGCAAGGAGCAGAUCAUGGAGCUGCUGGUGCUGGAGCAGUUCCUCAGCAUCCUCCCCGAGGAAAUCCAGAGCUGGGUCUGGGUGCGACACCCCGAAUCCUGCGCCCAAGCCGUGGCCUUGGCCGAGAGCUUCCAGCUGGGACAGGGGGAUCCCGACGGGGUUUGGGAGCAGCAGGUGACGGUGCGCGUGAAGGUAGAGGAGGUGGCCCCAGGGGACGUGGAGGACCCCGAAGUGGGUGGGAACCCACCAAGCCCCCCAUCAGAGUCACCCCAGCUCCCCUCCGGGGACAGCUGGCGGGAGGAGACGGCUCAGGGCAAAGUCAAGUUUGUCCCUGAGGAAGAGGAGCGGCACCUGCAGGAAGCAGGUCCCACCACAGCGAGCAGAGACCUAGAGGUGUCCGUUUUACAACUGCAAGACCCCCCACACCCACCCAGCACCCUCCAGGGUGUCCCAACAGCCGGGACCCCUGCCCGGAGAGGGACCCACCGGCAACAGACCCCACAGGAUCCCACCACCUUCCCACAGCCCCUCACCCAAAGCCCACCUGGACCGGCAGAGGAUGCCAGGAGCCCGGAGAAGCCCUGGGUGAAGCGGGAGCUGUCGGCGCAGGGGAAGGACCGUCCGUACCCCUGUGGCGAGUGCGGCAAGAGCUUCGGCCGGUUGACCCACCUGAAGACCCACCAGCGAACCCACACGGGCGUGAAGCCCUACGCCUGCGGGGCUUGCGGCAAGAGCUUCGGCCACCUCUCCACCCUCACCACCCACCAGCGGCUGCACACGGGCGAGCGUCCCUACGCCUGCGGCUCCUGCGGCAAGACCUUCACCAACCCCUCGGACCUCAACAAGCACCAACGGUCGCACACGGGCGAGCGGCCCUACCCCUGCGCCGCCUGCGGCAAACGCUUCAGCCAACAGUCCAACCUCACCAUGCACCAGCGGAGCCACACCGAGGAGCGGCCCUACCCCUGCGGUGCCUGCGGCAAGAGCUUCAAGUACUUGGCGGACCUGACGGUGCACGAGCGCUCGCACACGGGCGAGAGACCUUUUCCCUGUCCCCACUGCGGGAAGAGUUUCAGCAACAAGUCCUCCCUGGCCCGGCACACGCGCAUCCACGCCCGGGCGGCUGCCAGGGACAAGUGAUGGGGUUUGGUGACGGGGAGGAUGAGGAGGCGGCGCAGGGUGGCCACCACGGGGGGAUGGUUGAGGCUGGGUGGGUGGGAUGGAGGUGGGGGACCCCUUGGGUGGCCGGUGGUGGUUUCCUUGCCGGCCAGCACCACGCAGCUGCUGCGGGUGGGCUGAUUUGCCCAGAGGAGAUGCAACACGGUGAUGAGUUGGUGCUUGAUGUCCCCCACAUGCCCAGUGGCUCCAGGACGUGGCUCACUGGUCCCAGGGAUGUGACAUGGAUGGGGAUGAAGAUGAGCUGAUGACUGAUGGCCCCCACGAGCCUGGGGACUCCAGGACGCUGUGUCCUAGAGGUGUAACACAGCUGGGGAUGAAGAAGAGCUGAUGGUUGAUGUCCCCACGAGCCUGGUGGCACCAGGACGUGGCUGCCUGCUCCCGGAGGAGCAACAUGGACGGGGAUGAAGAUGAACCGAUGGCUGGUGUCCCCCAAGAGCCUGGGGGCUCCCUGGUCCUUCACCCGUCUCUAGGCACAUCCACCUCCCCUCACCCCAACCCCGCCACUGGGAC